AUGUCCUGGGCAGAGGCUGCGGAAUCGCACGUCAUCAGCCAGCAGCUUCAGAUCGACUCCAUCGAUGAAGCUGAAGCUGUGCGUUCACAGAGCCCCAAUCCCGAAUCCAUCUCCGAAACAUCUCUGCAGCCGGAGUUGUUUUGGGUUGCGCCUUUGAAGAGGUUCAUCGACUCGCAUGCUCCCGGUGGAUUGGGGCGGCCGGUGCAAAUUCUGUCAGGGUGCAGCGGGACGCUGGCAGAAGCAAGCGUGUUUGAGGCAUUGCAGCUUGAUGCUUCCGUGGUGAGCGCAUCGGAUACUGACGCAUCUGCCAGAGCUUUCAUGACCGAAAAUUUUCAAGUCCAGCAUUUGUACGACACGAUGGAAUCCCAAAUGGCUUCCCACAAACCUUGUUUGACAUGCAAGAGGUCAGGACCUUGCUUUUCUGAAGAGCCAGUCCUAGAUAUGUUUGUUGCUGGAUUGCCAUGCCAGCCAUUUUCCCUCCAGCGUGUAAAACGCUUCUGUCAGGGAUCAGUGAAAUCACACAAGUCUUAUGAUACGUGCUUCGGGCAAUUUUUCGAAUGGUUGGACUUCCACAACCCGAGCUGUGGGGUUUUUGAGAACGUCAAGGGGUUUGGUGAAGCAGAAGAUCAUCAAGGUUCAACAUCCCCCUUGGACAGGCCUGGCACUGUAACUGUAGUGCCUACAUUCUUUUGA